CUUUGUUUAUUUAUUAUACUUAAAAUUUACUUCUUUGUAGUAAACGUAUUUUUUAUUUAGUGAGAUCCAAUAGUUAAUCUUUUACCUAAAAAUUAACCUCAUGCAUAUUUAAACUUUGGGGUAGAUCUGUCCCCCACCCCCCUCAUCACAAAUGUAAAUCACAUUAAUCACAUGUACUUAUCUAUAGUUAUCAAUCGCUUUAUCUUGUAACAUAACCUAAACGUGUAAGACCGACCAAUGUAAACACUUUAUUUUCCAACUUUCGUCAACAUACUUAUAACACAAAUGGAAUUCUCAUUAUUACUACCAAGGUAGUGUAGUACAUAGGACAACCAUAAAAUAGUUUAUUUGGUUUGAAAGUUUUUCUUCUAUUAGUGUCUUAUUUAAAAAAAAGAAAUGUUCACUAAAGUGUUAAGAGUUGCGGUGUGUACUUGUAGUUUUUUUUACACCUUCUACGUUCUCUGUCAUUUAACUUAUUUUUUAUCCAAACGAAUCGAUUAUGAUGAAAACGUCGAGUCAGAAAAAGGAGAGAAUCUAGCUGUCAAAGCACUAUGGCACUCGCUGAUAAACUUUGGCCUCAUAAGCGUUUUCAUCUUGCAACACUCUGUCAUGGCCAGUGACUCUGUUAAAGAUUUGUAUGCCAAGUUCAAUGUGGAAGAUGUUGAACGCAGUAUUUACAACAUUAGUGCAUCUGCUGUAUUGCACUUUUUGAUCUCCACUUGGAUGCCCGUACCUUGGGUGUUUCUGUGGAAUUUCAAUAAUUUACAGGGUGGUGUAUUGUGGUACAUACUGAGUUUAAUUCAAGUGAUUGGCUGGUGCAUAGUCUACAUUGGUUGCAUCAUGAUGGACAUUUCGGAGCUUGCUGGUUUAAAGCAAGUUUAUUACAAGCUGUCGGGUAGACCUUGCCCUAUGGCACUCAAGUCCAGAGAGCUCCAAAGAUAUUUUAUGCAUAUGAGACAUCCUAGUUUUACUGGAUUUCUGAUGAUACUGUGGAUACAUCCACUCAUGAGCAUUGAUAGAUUUAUGAUGGCUUCUCUGUUGACGGCAUACAUGGCUCUAAUGUGGACUAUUGACAUGGGUGACUACAGUUACCAUUCAAUCAUCAUUACGAGAAAAGAAAUGGAAAUAAAUUACAAAAAGCAUUGAGCCACUAUAUAGUGCCUUCAUCUGAUUGAAAUAUCUUAAGAAACAUAGUAUUUUUCUUAUCUUACAUUGAUAGUCUGAAAUCCGCGAACUGCUUUCUCAACUCGCUAUUAAUUCACUGUGUGAUAUUAACCUUAAGAUUAUACUAUUAAUAAAUUAUUUAAUAUUUUCUAGGAAUAUUAAUACAUUGGUGUAUACAACGUGAAUUUUAAAAACUAAAAAUAAUGAAC